AUGUCCAACGAACAGAACCCCGGACUCCUCGGCGGCCUCGGCGAUACCUUGGGCAAGACAGUCGGCGGCGUGACAAACACACUAGGUAGCACAGUUGGCGGUCUCGGCUCAACCGUGGGCACCGCAACAUCAGGCCUUGGACAGACCGUGUCGGGCGCGACGGAGGGCGUUGGUAAUACGGCGAAGAGUGCAGGACAGGGCGUGCAGAGUGGUGUGUCCAGUCUUGGGGGGCAGAAACAGACCGGGGAUAACCCGCUUGGGUUGAAUCGAUAG